AUGUCCGUUACUUGGGAUCAAGAAGGAGCACAAAAACUUCGCGUUUCUUCACUAACACGUGAGACGCUGAAUAUCCUUAUUAUUGUACUCCUAUCAUUACUGUGUGCUGUUGGUUUACUGGGCAAUUUACUUGUGUGCAUGGCAAUCAAGUUGAACCGGAAGCUGCAUAAUAUUACCAAUUAUUUUCUUUUCUCACUAACAUUAACUGAUUUGUUGGUAUGUGGCGUGGUAAUGCCACUUAGCCUCAUUGUGGAAUUAAAUCAAGGAAUGUGGACAUGGAAUUUUUUGAUGUGCUUACUUUACAUAUAUGCCGACGUAUUUUUGUGCACCGCCAGUAUUGUACAUAUGUCUAUUAUCUCAAUAGAUCGAUAUCUCGGAAUUUCGAAACCUUUGAAAGCCCGGAAUAAAUCAAAAACACUGAUGAAGGUGAAGUUAGCUUCUGUCUGGAUAGCAACGAUAUUAAUCUCUUGCCCAAUUGUUAUCAUGGCUCUUAUUGAUUCAAGAAAUGUAUUUAAUGGUAAUACUUGUCGCAUUACUAAUCGUUACUACAUGAUUUAUGGAUCAAUACUCGCAUUCUUAAUACCAUUUCUUAUUAUGGUAGUUACUUAUAUCCGCACUACAAAUCUUCUCAAACGACAACCAAGUCUUAUUAGUCAUCAAAGGACUGCUACCAACAGUCACACUGAAGUGCCAAUUAUCUUACGACAUAACUUCACGCAGAGCAACUACAUCCCUAAAAAGGUUCAAAAUGUUAUUCCAUUUAGAAGAAAUAUAGGCAUGACAAAAGGCCCGCUGAAGACUACUUUGUUACCGAUAUACUGUGAGAGAAGAAUGGAAAUGUUAGAAAAAAAUCGGCCACGUAAUCUUCGAAAACGUACAAAAAUAGCAGUUUUUGCCAUAGGCGAUAAAAUAACCAAGAAAGAAGCAAUUCCAAAGCGCAGCACAGAACUCACCAAUGAACACAAGGCAACACGUGUGCUAGCCAUUGUAUUUGCAUGUUUUUUUAUUUGUUGGACACCAUUUUUUGGUGGCAAUCUUGUGCUUGGCUUUUGCGGCAAACGAUGUGCCUUACCGCCAACUAUAGCGUCUUUUUUUCUGUGGUUAGGGUAUUUUUCGAGCACCAUCAAUCCUCUUAUUUAUACUAUUUUUAAUAGACAAUUUCGACGAACAGUCCUCGAAAUUCUUCGCUGUCAUUGUGCUUACUCGGUGCAGAAUACCUAUACUAGCAAUUAUUAUUGGAGACAAUUGCACAAUAACAACUGGGUUACCACUGAUCGACCUGAUUUGGAACAAGAACGCUCCAACCCUCUACGCUGUAAAGGAUGUUUAGAUGAGUCGAAACCUUCAAGACAAGAACAAAGUGUUCAGUCAAUACAGCCAGAUGGUUUACCAUUGGUAACAAACAGAGGAAUCAGCUUACUUCAAAAGAAUGUACAACCUGCAGUAAGUCAUCACCUACAAAACAAGCUCAAAACGAAGCAUCUCUCAUGGAAAAAACCCAGAUGGACGACAACCCAUUUUACUGAGCAUAUUAUUGAGGAAAUUAUUUUCAACAUUUGA